UUCAUAGACGAACGAACAUGGCCAGGUGUUGAAAUCUGGAGUAAAAAUGUUUGCUCCAAGACGAUCUACUGGCAGACUCACACCGACAAGAAAGCUGGUUAAAAAAGGAAGCAGUCUGAGAGAUUUACGACCUCUGACGGAAAGGAUUGUAUUAGAGAAGGUACUUGGGGUUACACUCAAAGGAAAUUCAGGAUUGGCAUGCAGUCCAACAACUGGAGAGAUUGCCUUCCCUGCCGGGUGUGUUAUAGUCAUUGUCAGUUCAACUGGGCACAACCAAAGUCAUAUUGUUAACUCAUCCAAGAAGACAGUUUCCUCCUUGGCAUUUUCACCAGAUGGCAAAUUUCUCGUCUCAGGGGAGAGUGGUCACCAGCCUGCUGUCCGUGUCUGGGAUGCAGAGGACAACACUCAUCCACAGGUGUCGGAAAUGGCGAAGGGACACAAGCAUGGUAUCCAGAGUGUGGCAUUCUCACCAAAUAUGAAAUAUGUGGUCUCUGUUGGUUUUCAACAUGAUAUGCUGGUUAAUAUCUGGAAUUGGAGGGAAGGAACUGCAAUAGCUUGCAACAAAGUUUCUUCGAAGGUCAGUGCAAUCUCAUUUUCUGAAAAAGGAGAUUACUUUGUCACAGUUGGUGUAAGAAUAGUGAAGUUUUGGUACAUAGGAUCAACAGACAGUGCAAACAAGGUGAAGAAAAAGACUCCACUUCAAGGACGACCUGCCAUUUUAGGAGAGAAACGCAAUAAUCAAUUCAUCGACGUUGCUUGCGGUGUUGGGGUGAACUCUACGCUUACAUACAGUGUAACAAAAUCAGGAUUGUUGUGUUCGUUUAACGAGAAACGAUUGCUCGAAAAAUGGGUGGAAUUGAGGGUGAAUAGCGCCUUCAGUUUAACUGUAAAUGAGCAUUUGAUAUUUUGUGGUUGUUCUGAUGGAAUUAUAAGAGUGUUCAAUUCAUCGUCUCUUCAAUUCAUCGGUUCUCUUCCCAAACCUCACUGCCUCGGAGUUGACGUUGCUGCAGGACACGACGCCAGUCACUUGCUUGCAAAAGUUGACAACGCCAGUUAUCCUGAUACCACGGCUAUCACGCUUGACCAUCAAGGAUCAAAGUUAACCUGCGUGUACAACGAUCAUAGUAUUUAUAUCUGGGACAUUAAAGACAUCAAAAAGAUUGGAAAAAUUUCAUCUUUUCUCUACCAUAACUCAUGCAUCUGGGGAAUUGAGGUUUUUCCAGAUGUCGCAGUUAAUGACAAUGUUCCAUAUGGUUCAUUUCUGACGUGCUCCUCUGACGGAACUGUCAGAGUUUGGAAUAUUGAUUCAGACAGCAAAAUGGCAUCAUGCCGGAACAUCUAUAGCAAGGAACUCUUGCAAGUUAUUUACACUGAAAAGGACAUCACCAAUCUAAAAGACAUGAAGAGUCGUGGAGAAAAUGGUCGCAAAGAACAGGAGAUGAAGCCUGGUCUCAGAUCAAUAAAGUUGUCUUCUGACGGAGUUCAGUUAGCCUCAGGAGAUAGAAUGGGGAAUAUUCGGAUAUUCGAUGUUGCUCAGAUGCACGAAAUAAUCAAAAUCGAAGCGCACGAGUCUGAAGUACUUUGCAUUGAGUACUCAUCACCUGACGCUGAUUCCAGUCUUCUUGCCAGUGCUGGACGCGAUCGUUUAAUUCACGUUUUUGACUGCGAGAAUAAAUUCAAUCUGCUUCAAACUAUAGACGACCAUUCAGCUUCGAUCACCUCCAUAAGAUUCAACGUGAGUGAAACGAAAGACUUUCAACUCAUCAGUUGCGCUGCUGAUAAAUCUGUUAUAUUUAGAUCAGCGCAAAAGGAUCCCGAGUUACAGUUCACAAGGUACACCAAUGUGGCGACAAAAACAACGUUUUAUGACAUGGAUAUUCACCCGUCAAAAACAUAUGCGGUUACCGCUGGGCAGGACCGAAACAUGAGAGUGUAUGAUAUCGCCAGCGGGAAGCAACUGAGGUCGUUUAAGGGAACAAUGGGAGAUGAUGGAAUCAUCUUAAAGGUGUUGUUGGACAGAUCAGGUUUCUACGCAGCAACCAGUUGUUCUGACAAAUCAUUGGCGUUGUACGACUUUGAUAUUGGAGAGUGUGUGGCUGGCAUGGUAGGACAUUCAGAAAUCGUCACUGGCCUACAGUUUUCACUGGACUGUGAACGACUGAUCACCGUUUCGGGAGACGGUUGUAUCUUUGUUUGGAAACUUCCGUCGGCGUUUUCCCAGAAUAUGUUGGAGAAGAUGCAAGAACUGGAUGAAUCACCGAGCAGAACAACUCUUCAUGACGUGAACGAGAUUGAUGGAACAGAUGAAGAAUUUCGACCAGCUACGGACGAUAUGUUUGAGAUGAAAGAACCUGGCACCUUAUUUGACGGCUAUCGUCUUAGCACAAUCAAAAAACUUCCCACAUGGGCUAAAAAACAGGUUAUCACGAAUGUGGACAUGGAGGUUUCUGUCAUCACUGAAUCAGUUGAGACGACAAAUACAUCAACACUCAAUGCAAGAGGAAAGCCCGAAGGACGCUGGGCCGAACGUUUUAAUCCAAUGCAGAUUUUCCCGGAUUCUCUUGACGAAGAUGAUAAAGGACUUGACGGAAGUCCUGAAAGAAAGCCCAUAAACAGUCACCUGGAUAUAUUGGCAAACACGCCGCUUGAAAAACGUUAUUCCAAUGGAUCACUAAACGAGGAAGAGUUUUUCUCUGAAAAUCCAGAAGCUCUUUUGCAGAUUUAUGAAAAAGAAAUGUCGAAUAAAGGUCCUGAGAAUUUACAGUCAAAGGUGACGGUCUCGCGAGGCAGUGAUAUUAAUGCUGAAGCAAUUGAAAGCCGACGUAACAAAUACAAAACGUCUUCCUCUUCUUCGGAGCAAAACGAUCCUGAAGACAUCGCAGCAAACAAAGAAAUUGUCGAGGAUAUCAUAUAUUAUCCAAACGAGGAAGAUCUGGAUGAUGAAAUAGCAAGCCUUUCCUCGGACAAGACGUCUAAAACUAACCCACAUAACGCAUCAAUAAACGCCGUAACUAACCCAACUACUAAACCUGAUCUUAAAUACGAAGAAAAGAGCGAGUUACCAGCGACAAGUUAUAAAAUUCCACUCAAGAAACGAUCUAUCCAGGAGAUUAUGCAAAGUUCAGCAGGCGAUGAAAUUGGAUAUUUUGAAAUGCGUUCUGGUCAUUCGAUGGAUAAUCUUGUCAUUCAUGAAGUUGAGUUUGCCUUGUUAGGAAGACGAGAUUCAACUGAGCAAACCUUAGAAUCAGUGCCGUACGACGUGAAAAUUUUUGAAGAUUGUGAAGAUGAAAAAGAGCGGGAAAGUCAGAACACAGAGUCGAUUUCCAGGGACGAGGUUGACGAACGAACAGGCGAUUCCAUAUCGGAUGAGGAAGACUUGCUGAGCACAGAAAUUGUGCCGAAAUGGGACGAAUUACCUGAAAUACCCGCCCCAAGCAUAGAACGAGCUGACAUCGAGAGCAACAAGGAGUUCUUCGCCGAAAAUUUUGAAAAUCUUGGUUCAACUCCAACUGAUGACAAAGAGGAACCGUUGUUUCUCGGUUCAAAUGAAGCGGCGCCAAGCGAGCCUUUGCCUUUCGAGAAAAACAGUUUUCAUCGAACUAGUAUUUCAGCCAGAUUUAUACAGCGAUCGAAGCAAAGUUCUGUAAGGUCAACAUCGGGUAACGAGACGGAAACGACGAACGAGAGCAAUAUUGAAAGCUUAGAACAGAAAACUAUUGAACUGGAAAAGCGAAAAGUAGAACUUGAAUCAACAAAGAAACGCCUCGAAGCCAUGGGUUUCAAAUCCAUAGAUAACUGGACAAAAAAACACGACGUCGAAAAAACGGAAGAAUCAACGAGCAACAUGGCCGAAGUAAUUGAUGGACAGCGAAGCUCACUCAGCGAUGAAAAUCAAGCGACAAAUCUUGCUUCAAAACCUUACGAACCACGGGAGGAGACUUCGAAGCAAAAUGAACAAAAUGGCGAUAAUAAAACAGACAAAUCUACAGCAAUAUCUGCUGUACCUGUCUCUGAUACAAGCGAAGUUGCUGUUUUAGAGAAAGUUGACGUUUCGACAGAAAAUUCUCCUGGUACAAACGAGCCAGUAAGUCCAACAAAACGAGCAGCAGAGCUGAUAGCGUUUUUUGAUUCUGGUCCAAAGGACAAAACAAGCAAGUCUAAGACGAACAAGAAAGCAGAAAAAGUUCAAACAAAAAGCAAAGCGGAAGACAAGAAGGUAACGAAGAAUAAGGAAACGAAUAACAAGACAACUUUGAAUAAACUCAAGGAGGGAGAGAAGACGCAGAAAUCUCACAACAGAAAAUCUUUUCCCUUCAAUUUAACAAAACUUACGAAGACGAAGAGUUCAGAUCGUAGGCGCUCUGCGCCAAAGACAAACCUACCAAAAGCGAAAUCCUGCGGGGAUUUACUAACAGAAAAAACGAAAGAUAUUCAGGAAAGUCCUGUCGAGGUGGAAGAGCCUGAAAAGGUAUCUCAAUCUGUGAAUGAACAGAAAGAGGAUUUGGAGGUUUUAGAUCAACAGAAAAGCUUUAAAACGACGAACUCUGAAUUGAGUGAACUCUCAGCUGAGCUCUCUGCGGCUCUAGCGACACCAGCACCACAGCUCAUCCAGAUAAAUUUGUCACGUGAUUAUCUCGUGACAAAUAGUGACGUCAGCUCGUAUGAACGACACAUGACAGACAGUGGGAAAGUAUUUCCCAGUGAAGUCACAACGAACGAAUGUCAAGAAGUUGUAGUGGACUUAGUUCGAGCAUUUGAACGAGCUUUGGACUGCCAUUCAAAGAUAUUGAAUGGUGAUAUUAAGGACAAUCAACGUCAAGGACUAUCAAUGCUUGCUGCGACCUUCACCACGAUACACGAGAGUAUCACGGAGUGUAAAACUGAACGAGAAAGAAAACACGUGCGCUCGCCUAGAGCUUCGAGAACCCUGGAGCCGAGAGAGGAACACGGCGAAACUGAAAGAGGAAGUCAAACGGAAGCUCAAAAACCAGAAACGAAAGACAGUUCCCAACAGACAGAAUACAUUCUUACACAGCGGGAAAGCCAGCAGAUAGAGCCAUUAUUAGAUAAAUAUUCCGAAUUACUUUUAAAGAAAUUCGAAGCAAAGAUUUCUAACAAUUAGAAUGAAAUGAAAAUGAUAAUUUAUUUAUACAAAAUUGUAUGAUUUAUUUUAAAAAAUAUACAUCAACUUUGA